AUGGCCAAGAAGGACUGCUUGAAGGAAUAUGGAGAAGCUGAUGAAGUCUCUCGCAGUGACUUUCCUCCCAAAUUCGUCUUUGGUGUUGCCACUUCUGCAUAUCAGGUAGAGGGUGCCUGCAACGGAGGCGGUAGGGGUCCUAGUAUUUGGGACGCUUUUUCACACUCAAAAGGGACAAUCAUUGAUGGAAGCAAUGGUGACGUUGCAGUGGAUCAAUAUCACCGGUAUAAGGAAGAUGUUGAACUCAUUGCCAAGUUGGGAUUUGAUGCUUAUCGCUUUUCCAUAUCAUGGUCGCGAAUAUUCCCUGAUGGUUUGGGAACCAAAGUCAAUGAAGAAGGGAUUUCUUACUAUAACAAUGUCAUUAACAAUCUCCUUGAAAAGGGUAUCCAGCCUUAUGUAACACUGUACCAUUGGGAUCUACCCUUGUACCUUCAUGAGAAUAUGGGAGGGUGGUUGAAUAAGAAAAUUGUAGACUACUUCUCAGUCUACGCUGACACUUGCUUUGCAAGUUUUGGUGAUAGAGUAAAGGACUGGAUUACAAUUAAUGAGCCUCUUCAGACUGCCAUUAAUGGUUAUGAUGUUGGGAUAUUUGCUCCUGGAAGACAUGAAUGUUCAUCAACAGAACCAUAUUUGGUUGCACACCACCAACUGUUGGCCCAUGCUGCGGCUGUUUCCAUCUACCGAAGCAAGUAUAAGGACAAACAAGGGGGACAAGUGGGCUUGACCGUCGACUGUGAAUGGGCUGAGGCUAAUUCAGACAAAAUUGAAGACAAAAUUGCCGCAGCUAGGCGCUUAGAUUUUCAGCUUGGAUGGUUCUUAGAUCCAAUAUAUUAUGGAGAAUACCCCAAAGCUAUGCGUGAAAGACUUGGAGAUCGGCUUCCCAUAUUCUCAGAGGAAGAUAAGGAAUUGCUUAAGAACUCAUUAGACUUUGUUGGUCUGAAUCACUAUACAUCAAGAUUUAUUGCUCAUGUAAGAGAUGCCCCCGAGGAUGGUAAUUUUUAUAAAUCACAAGAGAUGGAGAGAAUUGCUGAAUGGGAAGGCGGUGAGGCUAUUGGUGAGAAGGCAGCAUCAGAAUGGCUUUAUGUUGUUCCUUGGGGCAUCCAUAAAGUUCUGAAUUACAUAGCAGAGAGAUACAAUAAUCCAGCAAUAUAUAUUACUGAGAAUGGUAUGGAUGAUGAAGAUAAUGACACUUCCCCACUUCAUGAAAUGCUAGAUGACAAACUGAGAGUUAGUUACUUUAAGAGAUACCUUUCAGCAGUUGCCAAUGCAAUAAGGUAG